GUCGGCGCGCGGCUCGCGGGCACCGUUCCCGUCCGGGUCGGGCCUCCCCCCGGUGACCUCAUCGGGUGGCCGUCCCGGCUGGGCAGCGAAUCGCCGCGCGGGCGCCCAGGAACGCCCCGUAGACGCUCGGCGGAGGGGGACUCUCGGCUCCUCGGCCUCCGGCCUGCGCGGUAAGGGCUCUCGCCUGUUCGCUCCGGCGCGUGGGGUGCGCACGCGCGCGCCCUCGCUCGCGGGCGUCCGUCCGCACUAGCGCCACCCAACGGCCACCGAACCUUCUGGAAGUGGAGUCCCACGGCCGCCCCCGCGCCCGACCGAGCUCGCCGCCCCCGCCGGCGCCCAGGGCCGUGGAGGCCUCUGGGCAGGGGAGAGGGGAGGGGCCUGGGCGCGGGCGGGGCCUCCGGGGGGCGUCUUCUUGUGAUUCGCCGCCUCCGCGCAGGCCCCGCCUCUCCGGCGCCAUGGCCCCGCCCUCUUCCUCCCCCUCCAUGGCGCCUCCCAGGCUCAUUCAUUCGGCGCCGGGCCUGCUAGACACCUGUUCUCAGCUCCCGCAGUCCUCCGCCGUAGCAGAGAAGAUGUCAGACCCCGGCACCGACACCCCGUCCGCCAUCCAGAUCUGCCGGAUCAUGCGGCCAGAUGAUGCCAAUGUGGCUGGCAAUGUUCAUGGAGGAACCAUCCUGAAGAUGAUUGAGGAGGCAGGGGCCAUUAUCAGCACCCGGCACUGUAACAGCCAGAAUGGGGUAAGUGCCCUGGCCUCUGUUCAUAUGUGCUAGAAUUACCCAUGAGACU